CACCAAAACCUGGCCCGUACAUGGGUGGCCCAGCCAGCCGCAGCCUGCCCAAUCCAAUCUCGACUGGCCUCGCCUCGCCUCCUCGCUUGCUCGCCUCUGCCGCUGCUUUGCUCUGCCAGCUCUGUCUGCUAACUAACCUACCCUCCCUACCUACCAGCCAGCCAGCCAGCCAGCCAGCCAGCCAGCCAGCCAGUCUGCCCGACCCUGCCCUGCCUUGCCUGCCCCUCCUCCUCCAUCAGCUUUGCUCAACCUCAACCUCAACCUCGUCGCUCCAGCACGCACAGCUUCCGACGGCCACGUCGCCCGCUGACACCCGCCACGGCCCCGAGCGACGCCGUUUGACGCACCGCGAUUGAUCGAGGCCGCCCGUCGCCGCCCGCCCGCAAGUCGUGCCACCCACCCAAUCCCGCCUGGAACCCUCCCAAGCCUCCGCAACGUCUCGCCCGCCCUCGAACCCUCCAAAGCCUCGAGCCGCGACCAGCCGGCAUCGCCCUCGCCCCUGGCCCUCCGUGGCUCCGCCGCCCUCGUCUGACACCAUGAACUUCGAUGGCGGCACCGCCUACGCCGAGUCGGACGCCGACGACGAGUACGAGCGAAGCAUAGGGGACCGCUCCCCCGUGGGCGAUUCCGAGGCCUCGCCCAUCGACUCCGAGCUGUCAACAUCGGCCGAGCACACUCCCACCACCUACGCCCAUCGCGCCAGCGCCGACAGGCUCCCCGAAACCAUCAUCACCGAGUGGUCCGCUGACGAGUGCGCCGACUUCAUCGGCACGAUCGGCCUGCCUCAGUAUGCUGAUCGAUUCGUGGAAAACGAAAUCGUUGGCGAGGCGCUCGUAGCGCUGCAACACGAUGACCUCAAGAGCAUGGGCAUCGCCAGUGUCGGCCACAGGCUAACCAUCCUGAAGAGUGUCUAUGAUGUCAAGAAAGCACAAGACGUUCCCAUCGAGAGCGACCACUACCUGCCAUUGUCUGCCGACGCCGAAGCACAGUACGCCACAGCGACCCUAAAAGACAUAAAACAUCUAGUUGAGCAGCUACGCCUGCGAGACGAGCGAAUGAGCCUGCUGGAGCAAGACCUACGGAGGAUGACAGACGACUUCCGACGCCUUCGCGAAGACAUGCUCCCAGCCUUACGCCUCGUCAAGGACGCGCAGCAGCCGCUGCCUAACCUGAGCGGCAGCGGCGCAUACACGUUCGAGCCGACCAUCUCACCACCAGGCCCGACACCACCGCCCGGUCAGGGCCCCGGCCCGGGCGUCAUACGAUCAUACUCGCAGCGCAAGAUCCUCAUUGGGGCGACGCCCAAAGGCAACUCGCCGACACAACCAACGCACGAGAGGACGAUAGCGGAGCAGACGCUGGAUCCUGCCAGCGCUGCGGAACGGGCUGUCAUGUCGUCAUCGCACCUCGCAGCCAUGAAUGGCAGCGGCCAGAACUCAGCGUAUCCCUCUCCCAACAUGCCCUCCCCGACAUCGCCGCAAAACCACCUCAGCGGCGCGACUCUUGCUUCUCGAUCAUACCGCGGCGACUCCAUUGUCACCUCGAAUAGAACGACGUUGAACGACACGGACCACUCAACCUACGGCGGGCGCGACAAGCUGUCCGGCGGGGUGCCACCGCGACGACGAGAGACGCCGGUACCAGACACACCGAGCACGAGCAAUGCCUCGGUCGAGAUAUUCAAGUCAUUCCGCGUGAGCAUGGAUGACCCAUGCCACAAGGUGCUUCCGGCCGCCCUCAAAAAGUAUCAAAUCAACGCGCCGUGGGACCAGUACGCCUUGUACAUCGUGUACGGCGAUCAGGAACGCUGUCUCGGCAUGGACGAGAAACCCUUGAUCUUGUUCAAGCAGCUGGACAAGGAGGGAAAGAAGCCUAUGUUCAUGCUGCGCAAGACGAACAGUGCGCAAGUGGAUGAUCCAGGGAGCGGCGGCAUGGGCGGCGCAGCUCGCGGGGCGUCCACUGGAUACGACCCGCCCGGUGGCAUCAUAUGAGGGCUCGGAUUUUGGCGCCAGGAUGAGGAGACGUCGAACCAUGGGGCCCGACAGGAACCCCCGCAAGGAUCGAGCCGCUUCGAGCCACCAGACCGCGGAGCCGUGUCUACUUGUGGCCGCUGCCAAUCUGCCAAGCUCGAGGGCUGCAAGAGCACGCCGCUAGGCCCUGGCAAGCCAGGCUUUCGACAGUGGCGGCAUCGCCAUAGCCGGAGCACGGGAGGAGUUUGGAGCAUGAAAUAUAAUGGUGGAUAUCGACGACACUAUGGACGGGGGUUGGGGCGAGAAUGCGUGGACCCUGAUGGCAGGGAGUAGGCAAGCGAGCCAUGUACACAAGCGGACUGUUUGUCGAUAUGAAUGCGAUUCGCCCAAUCCAUGUCUGGCGCAGCGUGGCAGCGUCUCUUCUCAUUUUCUCUUCUCAUUUUGUGUGGGAUCCCGGCGUCAGAAGGCACGCGUGGUGACGAGCUGCGAUGCAGGAGUAUACACGGGAGCCUUGCAACGACAGGCCGGGUCAACAAAUUACUUCAUUUCACGGGCCCCCCAAGGUUACUCAUCCGAUAAAUGGGGCCCGAGCCACCGCGCACCGCACUCGCCGAGGAACACCGUGACGGCCCUCCCAUGGGAGCCCACCGCUCCUUCCGUGAGCGCCUUGCCGUCUGUCUGGCCCUUCUUGCUCGAGUAUAUAGGCCGUUGUAGGGCGCGCGCGCUCUCGCCCUUGAUGGCGGUGACCCCAUCCACGAAGGUUCCCACCCAGGCGUCGUGCUGAAGGGCGCUGCCGCUUAGAUGAUUCUCGGGGUCAUCUCGGCGAGCUUGAUGAUGGCGGGCACUUGCAGAUGCCAGCCACUGCGGACGAGUAUAGGGCCAGGCCAGGAUAGGAUGGGAUAGGCUUGGAGUUGGGCAUGAUUUGCGACUACGUACCCCUUGGCACUGCUUAUAUAUAUCCACCUAUACUGUAUGUAUGUUGAGAUAUCCGUAGCCUUGGCCGUGCACGACGCGGCUUGUAUUGUAUUGUAUGCCUUGUGGCAUGGUUAGACGGCUCCAUAGGUGG